UUGUUCUCACACACUUGUGACUCGACUAGCUUGGUGGAGGUUUAAACUAUACAGAGCAUACUAGAUACUGGCGAGACAUGUUUUAUACUCUUAAUCGUAGUUACAUUGAGCAUAAAUAGCUUCAAUGUGUUCGCACGCUGAGGUUUAAGCGUCUUGGAGGAUAAAUAACGAGCAGGUCGUAUAAGGAAAGCACUAAGAUGUCGCAGAAGAAAUUUACGAUCGGAGUGAUUAUUUCGAGCACGAGAGAGGGACGAAUGGGCGAGAGGGUGGCGCAUUUCGUGAAGAAGGCUAUCGAAAAGGACCACAUUGUCGAUCUUAUAGAUCCUCUCGAAGUGCAUCUCACUGAAACCCAGCAGUCCAUGAACUUCAUGUUCAACCCUGGAGCCGUGCCCGACAACAUUAAGGCCCUAAACGACAGAAUCAAAGCACUGGAUGCACUAGUUUUGGUGUGCGCAGAGUACAACUAUAGCAUACCGCCUGGUUUGUCAAACUUGCUCGAUAACAUCCCUUUCACGACCACUUUGUGGAAACCCGUUGCAUUCGUGAAUUACUCGAUUGGACCAUUCGGUGGCACGCGGGCGGCUAUGCAGCUUCGGGUGUUCGUAGGAGCGCUAGGCAUGAUCGCAGUACCGAAACAGGUGGCGAUCCCUGUUGUAAACGAGGCCCUUGAUGAGCACGGCACUCCAAAGAAUGACAAACUGAACCAGGAGCUGUCAAUGCUGCUUUCUCAUCUGUACUGGGCGACGGACGCGCUAAAGAGCCAGGCGGCGAAAUCUCCGUACCCCCAACAUUUUCCAUCUUAAUGCGAACUUUAAACUACAACUAGAUGUCUUACUGUAAACGUUAUUGGAAAUGCUUUUUACAAGAGUUUCAGGUGGUAAUUACAUACGUUACUUCAAAACUUACGUCUUUAUGCCCAUUUUAUGUGACACUAUUUCAUAAAUGUAAAAUAGUUGUUCCAAAUAAUGUUUAUUUGUAAUUCAUUUCGCCGUUCGGAUUUUUCUAGAAUAUACUCAUUUCUUUGUU